AUGACUGCCCAAGAGGACAGCUCAAGUGACAAUGUUCCUUCACCCAUCCUCGACAAGGACCCUUCGGCCCAUAUCGAGCAGAUUCACACCAACGAGAAAGUGCCAGGCCACCCCGGAUAUUAUGAAAAAGAUGGUCUGCGAACGUAUGGUGACGAUGAAGACCAUGACCAUGAACCGCCGAUGACCAUCCACAGAGCCCUCAGCUUGGUGGCCAUGGCUUUCUUGUGGACUGGCUCCCAAAUCCCGGUGUACAUCCUUGGUGGUGUCCCGCCAUACAUUUAUGCCGAUAUUGGCGGUGUCGACCGCUGGAUCUGGUUCGUCCUGGCUUACCUGUUGGCUUUGGCCGCCAUUUGCCCCUUCGUCGGAUCGAUUUCCGACCUCAUUGGAAGACGAUGGGUGGCAUUGGGAGGCUCAGGGCUGCUCAUCAUUGCCAUGAUCAUCUGUGGUACGGCACAUAGCAUGGGAAUAUUCAUCAUGGGCAUGACUUUUUCGGGAAUCGGGGCUGGCAUCUGCGAGCUUACCUCCCUUGCCGUGACGUCCGAGCUCGCCCCAACCCGGAAACGAGGAAAAUAUGUCUCCAUUCUUGUCUUCACCAUCAUCCCUUUCUGCCCGUCCGUCCUCUGGGGUCAGCUGAUCGCCUCGCACGCGGGCUGGCGAUACUGCACCCUGCUCUGCGGACUGUGGGCGUGCGUCGGCUUCGUCGGCACUUUGAUCUUCUACUUCCCACCCCCUCGACCAAACUCCCGAGGCCUCACCAAGAAGGAGAUCAUUGGCGAGAUCGAUUUCGUGGGUGGUUUCCUCUCAGUCACCGGGAUGAUCCUGUUCCUGGCUGGCCUGCAAUGGGGCGGGUAUCAAUACCCAUGGCACUCGGCGCACGUCCUGGCACCCCUGAUCAUCGGCGGCUUCUUCCUCCUCAUUGCCUUCCCCAUCUGGGAGAUCAAGUUUGCGAAAUUCCCAAUGUUCCCGUCAAGAAUGAAGAAGGAAGCCAGGAUCCUCACACUCACCUUGAUUAUCACCGCCAUCUCGGGAGCCAACUUCUUCUCCGUCAUCAUGUUCUGGCCCACCCAGGCCUUCAACGUCUACGGCCAUGAUCCUGUGGGAGUCGGAAUUCGAGGUAUCCCCAUCGGCUUCAGCAUUCUCACCGGUGCUUGCGUCGUGCUAUGGCUCCUUUCCGUCUUCCGAGGCCACAACCGCGAGUUGAUGAUCCUCUCCUCGGUGCUGAUGACGGCCGGUUGCGGUGCGCUCGCCGUGGCGACUCGAGACAACCUGAGCACGCUCUGGGGCUUACUGAUCCUGGCCGGUCUCGGGAUCGGCGGUAUCGUUGUUCCCGCGUCGAUCAUAACCACGAUCAUCUGCCCGGACGACAUCAUUGCCACGGUUGCCGCUCUCACCCUGUCAAUCCGUGUCAUUGGCGGUUGUAUCGGAUACACCGUGUACUAUAACGUCUUCCUCAACAAGUUCGUCCCCAACGCCACGAAAUAUAUUGGUGGCACCAUGGCUCUCGAGCUUGGUAUAACCAACGUAACCUACAUCGGCGCCGCCAUCGAGUAUACAGCAGCCAGUCUUCUGCCUCUGCUCAAGACGAUUCCUGGAAUUGCUGGCAACGAUACCGCCUAUGAAAUGGUCGUGGUGGCGGGCCAGGUGGCCUAUGCAGAGUCGUACAAGUACGUAUAUUUGACGAGUAUUGCGUUCGGUUGUAUUGCGAUCUUGGCCAGUAUCUUUUUGGGAAAUAUUGACAAGUACAUGGACGACCAUGUUGCUGUGGUCAUGCACUGA